GUCCUUAGAAGAUGGAUUUAAAUACGUGACUUUUUUCAUCUGUAUUGAGGUUAACAUUCAGUUUCUCUGGUUGGGUUCCCUGAUGGAACAUACUGUUGUGGGUCAUCAUAUUUACUACACUCAACUUUGGUACAACUACUUACACACCACACAUUCUCACCUCCCAAGGCUUUAUGUAUGACUCUGCCUCUUCUAUAGUAGAUGAAUAAUUCUUUUCUUAAGCUGAUCUACCUACUGCUGCAUGCUAACUAAAAGGUCUACUGUAUUUUCAGUGUUUCAAUAUGUUAAGGUUAGGCUGAUGAUUUGAAUCAACAAUAGAAAAUAGCAUUUAGGAGAAGGGGCAACCGAUAGGCUCAGUCAGAAUUUCAGGCCAGCAAAGGCUGUUGUGAUAGGGUCAAGGGAAGGGUCUCUUUACAUCACAUUCAACAAGUGGCCAAUCCUGCCGGCGCAGACAAGGAGGCUGCUCAGUGACUGACGAGGAAAUGGGGGUAGGGGCGUGGGCACGCGCUCCGGAGGCUGCAGGCGCCAUGGGCAGAGUCGGGAACCGCGCUCACCAGCUGAGGCGAAAGCGGCCCGGGGAUCCUCCCGCCGCCUGCGCAGCCGUCGCAGUCAUGGGCGCCAGCCGCGCGCAGUGCCCCCGUGUCAGAUUCGGGGUCGUGAGUCACUUGGCGGCCAGGAGGUGGCUGGGAAGGUCGCGGCGGAGGCGCCGGUGGCGUCGGGUCCGGGAGAAGCGCCCCAGAGACCCGCUACCCUCCGCGCCAACCGCGGACCCACCGGCGCCAGCUGAGUCCUCCCAGGACCUGGACCUGGGCGCGCAGCGGGAGCGCUGGGAGAAGUUCAGGAAGCUGUGGGGUCUCAGCUGCGAGGGCGCCGCCAAGGUCCUGCUGGACACCUUCGAGUACCCGGGCCUCGUGCAUCACACCGGGGGCUGCCACUGCGGCGCGGUCCGCUUUGCGGUCUGGGCCCCCGCAGAUCUGCGCGUCGUGGAUUGCAGCUGCAGGCUGUGCAGGAAGAAGCAGCACCGCCACUUCCUCGUCCCGGCCUCGCGCUUCACGCUGCUCCAGGGCGCGGACAGCAUCGUCACCUACCGCUCCAACACGCACCCGGCGCUGCACAGCUUCUGCAGCAGGUGCGGGGUGCAGAGCUUCCACGCCGCGGUCUCUGACCCCCGCGUGUACGGCGUCGCCCCGCACUGCCUGGACGAGGGCACCGUGCGCAGCGUGGUCAUCGAGGAGGUCGGCGGUGGCGACCCGGAGAAGGAGGACGCCGAGGAGCACAAGGCCAUCCCCAAGACGUCCUCCCGGUCAGUCCCUGCCUGUGUCCGCGAACAGCAACAGUGACUGUCCGCGCAGAGAGGAACAGCGCAAGCACGCCCGAAACCCGCCGGCCGGCCGGCCCCGCGCGGAGCCCCCGACUACCUGCACAGAUCACACGCUGUGAACGAGGUGUUUCUGGCCUGGUUAAACCGUGGUUUCCCUUCCAGGGUUUGCCCUUCCCCUCCGCUAGUUUUCAGUGAACUCGCUUACGUUCCAAACCUUGAACACAACUUUAAUCUUGUGUACAACGUUACCCUUGCAAUCCCAUUAGCAAGAAGAGUGUCUCUGCUUUUUCUAGCCAUCCGUUGACUGUGUCUCUCGCUUUUACUGUUCUGCAUACGGUUGUCACAAAUCACCUGCAGAUGAUUCCCGUGUCCUGUACGUUCCUGGUGCUAUUGUGAACAGGCUUGUUUUCAGCGCUUUGCGUCUGGUGUGUAGGACGGCAACACACAAACAGUUUGUAAACACCUUGCCAGGACGUCUUCCACUCGUUAUGGUGUGUGUGUGCGCAUGUGGGUGUUUUAGACAGACAUUCACGUUUUCACUACUUAGACAUCCAGUUAUUUAAUGUUUUAUAUGAUAUAUUUUAAGAUUCAUUAGUAUUGCAUACCUCAUUGCUCUUACUAAACAAAUGAUGUUAGCGUUUUUCUCUGUUUUGAUUCAGAAACUGUCUCUGGGAAGGGAGAUGGGAGACAGGAAUGAGAAACGUCUAUGUGCUGUUUGCCCUCUUUAAUCUUUGUAAAUACCUAUCUUAUACAUGUGUUAAGUAUUCAGAAAUUAGUAAACAUUUAAUAAAUAGAAAAGUAUGUAUUUCUAUGCUGUAUAUUACAAAAUCAGCUCUAAUUUAUAUGUAAUUCUUGAUAUCUGAAAUUUUUAUCAAACCUCAGUGGUGAGUUCAAUGAUACAUAUCAAUAUUAUCAUUUUAUGGCUUCAUAGAAUUAAAAAAUAUGGAUCUUUCAUAAUUUAUGUAAUCAACCUUCUCUGAUGGAUGUUUAGCUUUUUGCCAACUUUCAGUGUAAUAAUAAUAGUUCAAAGGCGCAAACUUCAAAUAAAUGUCUGCAUUGUUGUACCACUCG